AUGGGGAACUCUGCCAUGGAGGUGGAGGCAUGGAACUCUGCCAUGGAGGUGGAGAGGGUGGUUCUGAAGGCUGAUGAGCCCUUUCCAGUUCCUAAAAAGUGCAGGAACAGAGCGGCUGUUUUGGCCACCCGGACUUCUCCCGGUUGGCUCGUGGCCUCCCACCCCCUGCCAGGCCAGGCCAGUGACAAAAACAGAGCGUCUCUCGGCGAUAUUUCCAAAGCGUUUGUAGACUUCACCAGCCCAGAUGAAGUCAACGGCUACCUGAACCUCAACGUCACCUCCGCACUGUGUCUGACCGCCUCCAUCCUGAAGGCCUUCCCCGCGGAGCCAGGCUUGUGCCGGACGGUGGUGAACAUCUCCUCCCUCUGUGCCCUGAAGCCCUUCAAGUCCUGGGCCCUGUACUGCACUGGGAAGGCCGCCCGGGACAUGAUGUUCCAGGUUCUUGCGGCAGAGGAGCCGGACGUCAGAGUGCUGAACUAUGCGCCAGGGCCCCUGGACACGGACAUGCAAGAACUGGCGCGCACCCAGUCGGGAGAUCUGGAGCUGCGGGAGCAGUUCCUCCGCAUGAAGCAGCAGGGGCAGCUGCUCGACUGCGACGUCUCGUCCCAGAAGCUGCUGAAACUUCUCCUGGAGGACACGUUUGAAUCGGGGGCGCACGUCGACUUCUACGACGUCUGAGCACCCGGGGCGCUUGUCCCGCACCCAGCACCCCCUCGGCUCUGGCUCCUGCAAAAGGCGCUUCCAGCGGCUGCCCAGACCUCCAAGUUCCUCUCUCCCGGCUGCGGCGAAAGCGUCCCAUGCAGAGCCAGAGGCCCUUGAGAACGUUCCUCAUUCCUCCCCCAUUGCCUGGACGGAAGGGGUCUGGCGUGGCAGUCAGCUGGGCACCAGGGGACCCUCCUUUGGGCUUCCCCCGCCUAGGGGGUGCUCUGGGCUCUGCACACGGAGCGGCAAAGACUGGGGGCAUCCCACCCAGCCGCCGCACAUCAGAGGCUUCACUGGGGGCAGACGCACUGCAGCUGGGGAAGGGACGGCAGGAGUCUGCCCUAGCGCCACCCCCAUCUUCAGGGUUGGGAGGCGCCUUGGCCUCUGCUCCGAGACAGAAAGCUUCUCUUGGCCUUGAGGCCUUGCCUCCCUCGCAGCACGUCUCAGGGGCACUCUCGGGCUUUCCUGUGGCCUCCUCAGCUAACUUCGUGGGACGUCGGGGAGGGGGUCUCCGGUGGCGGCAGCCGAGAGAGGGGGGAAUCCCGGUGGUCCUACUGAGGGGUGGGGGUGUGCCAGGGAAGGACGGGGCCUGCUCUGCGAAGAGAGCGGAGUCAGCGGACCCGAAGGGCCUCAGCCGGGAGUGCGAGGGCCCGCCUUCUUUGCGCCUAGGCCUGAGGCGGGGCUCUCCAGCCUGGGCCCUUUCCCAGAGCCUUUGUGUCUUGGGACACGGCAGCCAUGAUGACUCUGAGGCAACAGCAGCUGCCCUCGUGAGGCCUGGGGGGGGGGGAGAGGCCGGCCUGCAGCGUGCCCGUGUGAACUUGAGAGUUGUCGGAUUGGGAGCUGAGGGAAGCAGGAGGGGGCUGAUGCGGCCCUGAAAGGGAACCGGAGGGGUGGUGCGCAAGAGGGAACCCACCAGGUUCGUCACCUGCCUGAACUCUGCCAAAGUCUGCUGCUGCCCGCCUUCCCCGCACUCUGACCUCGUGACACUAGUAUAAAUUUGUUGUAUUAAACACACACCACAAACAUGCAAACAAACACAAACAAUACUGAACACAAAUGGGAAAUGGGAGCAUCCCUUCAUACUCUGAGUAAAGGAUUUGUUGCCCACUUAAAACUUAUUUCUACGCCGUAUGAUACUGUCCAAACUUUGCACACUAUUUAAAGUUCUUAUUCACCUCUUUUUUUGGUCAUAACGUAUUUCAGUAUUUCAGUUCUUCAAACCAGUGGUAAAGUCUUGACUGUGUUUCUUCACAUUUGUU